AUGUUUCCAUUGCUACGAAGGCUGCCAGUGAGACGUAUUCCAUGGGUAGGUUAUAGUAAUUUUACCACAAGUUAUGUGCUUAGAUCUGAUACCAAUGACCUGCUAUAUGAAAUCCUAAAUUCAAAGAAUCAAGGGAAGACAAACAUCCAAUCCUAUAAGGGCAUACAAGAGAAGAAGAGGCAAUAUCCUAAAACUAAAGAGCGGAAGAAGAGAAUUGUGGUUAAUUGGAGUACUGGGUCAGAUAGAGCAAAGGAAGCUGCGAAUUUUGUGAUUAGCGAUAUAUUCAAAUUGAAUUAUAAAGGAAGCAUUAAAGUUGUGAAUCCAGCGACGAAUAGAUUGGAAUUCGUGAAUAUUCGAGAUUACGCUAAAGGGUUAGAUCUCACGAAACAUGGAUUAAGCAUCGUAAAUGUUGAUCAUGCAGCUAAGGGUGUCCAAGUGCCUCUAGUCAAAAUAGUCAAUUCCAAAAUUGCUCUUAAAAACUAUUCGAAUUUACUGGCUCAACAAAAAGAGGAACAAUUAGCAGAACUUGGAUUUAAAAAGAAAACCAUGGAUGCAAGUAAAAAUGACAGUUCUUUAAAGCAUGUCAGAGUCUCGUGGCAAAUAACGCUCGACGAUCUUUCUAAACAGAAGGCCAAUGAAAUACUUUCGUUACUGAAAAGAGGAAAUAAAGUUAAUUUGUACUUGGGAGACAAGGACACGUCAAAUUCCAGGGAUUGGAUGGAAAAUUUUGAGCAUUUAGAAGAUGCUGGGAAAGAGAUGACGCAUCUUCCUAAGAGAGAAGUUGAACGAAGGGACGCUAUAUUAAGCAAAGUUUGGGAGAUAAUUGAUGAAUAUUCUAUCAGUCCAAUUAUUUCUGGCAACACAAAUUCUAAGAUGCUGAUAAAAUUGAGUCCCAAACCCAGCAUUUUGGAAAAAGUAGAUAAGAGAGACCUAAAAGAGCAAAAGAAGCGUCAAAGGCAGGAGAAACUUCAGCAAAGAAUCGAAAGGAAAAAACAACUCAUAGCGAGCAAUUGA